AUGGACUGCCUUCGCCAACACCGGUCGCCUUCAACGCCAACGAAACACCUCCGGGAAUGGUCGACUGCUGCUCCUUUACCAUUCGUCAAUCACCAGCAACAGCUCCAACGUCAGUCACCGAGGGAGAGAGACGGUGUGGGGAAGAUGAAAGAAAUUGAUGUAGGAUCUGAGGAUGGUGAGUUCUAUGAGAAAGGAGAUGCAGACAUGCAAAACGAGUCUUUGUUUUGUGGGUUCACAGAGAGACGACAUCAUAAAUCUAUGGUAUCACCGGUGGUGAUGGAGGAGCCGGUGGAGGAAGCGGACACUAUUGGUGAUAAGGAACUGGUGGCGGUUGUAAUGGAGAAGGUGGAGAUGGCUAAGGCGGUUGAUGAGUUGGAUGACGUGAGAACAGUCACUCAUAAUGCUAAGGUUUCACAACAGAUGUCUUCUUCGGUUGGUAUACCUUCUGGAUUUGACACCAAUAGUCAUUCCAUUGGAGUAGUGAAAUAG